AUGCCAGCAGCAGCCAUAGCCGUGUGGCCUGUGUGUAUACGUGAAACGAGUGCAAUAGCGCAUUUCGAACUCCGAAUUCGAGUCCGAAACGAGGCCGAACUCAAAACAAACUCAAAUGUCGGCUCAAGGCGACGGAAGUGGCGGGGGCAGCGCCCCCCAACGGGCGGCGGCGCCAGCGGUAAUUCCACAGCGGAAGGUGGCAGCGCGGGAGCUGGAGCCUCCAGUGGCCAGGCCAGCGUCGUGGUAAGCAACGGUGGCAAUGGCGGUGGAGGCGGUGGCGACGGCGGCAGCAACAGCAACAAGAGCCAGCUGCCGCUAACGCCUCGCUUCACCGCCGAGGAGAAGGAGGUGCUCUACACCCUGUUCCACCUGCACGAGGAGGUCAUCGACAUCAAGCACCGGAAGAAGCAGCGCAACAAGUACUCCGUCCGGGAAACCUGGGACAAGAUCGUUUCCGACUUUAAUUCCCACCCGCAUGUCAGCGCCUUGCGCAAUGUCAAACAGAUCCAGAAGUUCUGGCUCAACUCCAGACUCCGCAAGCAGUAUCCCUACCGAGACGGCGGCUCCACCAAUCUCAGCUCUGGCAGUGCCAAGAUGGGCACCGUUUCCCUGUCCGUCUCGACGACGGUGACCCAGCAGCAGCAGCAACAACAGCAGCAGCAUCACCAGCACGACGGCGUCAAGGUGGAGCCGGAGUACCAGAUCAGCCCCGACACCUCCGAGCACAAUCCACAGACGGACAACUUCGACGAGAUCGAGAUGGACGCCAACGAUGUGAGCGAAAUGGAUGACGAUCCCAUGGAUCAGCAGCAGCAGCAGCAGCAGGAGGCGCAAGCCCAGGCUCAGGCUCAAGCCCAGGCCCAGCAGCAGCAAUCCGCUGCCGCCGCCGUCGAGAUGCAAAAGAUGCAGCAGGUGAGCGCCGCGGCGGCAGCAGUUGCGGCGGCGGCCAAUGCCAACAUGCUCAACAAUCACCAAAUCAAUGUGGAUCAAAUCAGUGCCGAGAAGCUCACCCUCAACGAUCUGCUGCACUUCAAGUCGGCGCGGCCCCGGGAGGAGAUCAUUCUGCAGAUCAAGCAUCCCGCCGAGGCAACCGCCACCCAGAUCCACACGAUACCCUCCCAGGCGCAGCAGCACACGAUGGCCACCAUCACCGCCGGCGGCUACAACCAGCAGAUCAUCAGCGAGAUCAAGCCACAACAGAUCACGCUGGCCCAAUACCAGGCCCAGCAGCAACAGCAGGCUCAAGCGCAAGCUCAGGCUCAAGCUCAAGCUCAGGCUCAAGCUCAGGCUCAAGCCCAGGCUCAAGCUCAGGCCCAGGCCCAGGCACAGGCUCAGCAGCUUGCCCAGCAACAGCUAGCGGCCGCUCAGCAGCAGCAACUGGCUGCCGCCGUCCAGGUGCAUCACCAGCAGCAGCAGCAAGCAGCCGCCGCCGUUGUGGUCCAACAGCAGCAACAGGCGGCCGCUGCUCAGCAGCAGGCGCAACAACAGGCAGCAGCGGCCGCGGCGGCUGUUAAGAUGCAACUCACCGCCGCCACGCCCACCUUUACGUUCAGCGCCCUGCCCACAGUGACGGCAACGGCGGCGACUACAGUGCCAACUGCUGUUCCUGUGCCCGUGGCCACAGCCUCGGCUGCGGCCAAUUCGGGAGCGUUAAACUCAUCAACGAGCGGUGCCAACAACACCUCUUCGGUGAGCAACAACACCAGUCUGGGAGGUGUCAAUGGGACAAAUACCUCCUCGGCGGCAGCGGAUAACUUUGAGGAGCGGAUGAACUACUUCAAGAUCCGAGAGGCUGAGCUGCGGUGCAAGGAGCAGCAGCUGGCCACGGAGGCCAAGCGAAUUGAGCUGAACAAGGCGCAGGAUGAGCUCAAAUAUAUGCGAGAGGUGCAUCGAUUGCGGGUCGAGGAGCUCAAAAUGAAGAUACGCAUCCUGCAGAAGGAGGAGGAGCAGCUACGAAAAUGCUCCAACUCAUGAGACCUGGAGGACAUUAGCGAUGUCGAAGAUGACGACGAGGAGGAUGAGGAGGAGACGGAUGCCUACUUGGACCGUUUCACCACUGGGGGAUUUUAGUUCUAAUAGUUUUAGGACUACAACUGCUACCUUUCCACACACCCCACACCCAACUCCCAGCUCCCAGAGUCUGUCUCAGUCCCAGUUCCUGGUUCCCCACAUCCCACCUCUCGAGUCCCCUCUUCCGUUUUCCUUUUUUUUUGUUUACUUAGGUUCCCUUUUUAAAUUUUCACAGGGGCGGGGGGCUGCGGUGGGCGUUUAGUCUGCCGCUGGUCAGGAUUACUGACGAAGCCAUCACUAAUUGUAAAUCGCAAUCAAUCAAUCACACAACACACACAACAAACACACACACACACACAUAAUACA